CAAUAAAACAAAAACAGGAGCAGUAAUUUCUGUUGGACUGUUUUACAAUAUCUUCCACAUAUUUAUCCAAUUUUGUUUUGCUGUUGCCUUUGGAUUUUGCAAAAUGCUAUAUUUUACACCUUAGGAAUAAGCAUAUUUCUCAGAAAUGAUUUGUCAUACCUUCUGUGUUGUGAAGUAGAUUCAUUUUAGGCCUUCAAUUGUGGGAUAACAAACAAAAAACUGAACAUGUCAUUCUAGUUUGUAGGAUUUGUGUAGUACUUCGCAACUUGUGACUUGAGCAAAUAACGUGGAUGCAAUGAUAAAUAUACUGCCUUUUCUUAAAUAAGCUGAUGUUGCAAAACUUAAAAGAAAAAAAUCAUCAAGUUGGGCCUUCCCUUUAAAAGGUUAACCUAAACAAACACAGAUUGCAAAGUCCAAAAAGAACGGACAGCGAGUGAUUUAGUACAGUCAAACAAGCUGCUUAAAAAUUUCCCACAAAAAAAAUCCCAUCCCAAGACAACUGAGCAGAAUGGCUGCAAACAUCAAGACUCUUGUCUGCAUUGGACUUGCUGUUGUUUUAACAGGUGUGGGAAAGUCUGCCUUUAUUGGAAAAAGUCACAGUGGGGGAAAAGAUAACCUGGUUCUGCAGUAUGUAGUUAACAACUCCCUAAGGGAGCAUCCAGUCCUCACCAAACUCAGACUGAGGACCCUUGAAGAUCAAUGGAACAGAAUGAUGGUGGCAGCAGAGCAAGCCCAGUUUAUGGCAAAUCUCAUACGACUGAUCAAUGCCACAAAAGCAAUUGAAAUAGGGAUGUACACUGGAUACAACGCUCUGAGCAUGGCUUUGGCCAUGCCAGAGAAUGGACGAGUGGUAGCUUGUGAAAUAGAAGACACCUACAUAGAAAUAGCCAAACCCUUUUUUAAAGAGGCUGGAGUGGAAAAUAAGAUUGAUGUUCAGCAUCAAACUGCACUUAAAACUCUGGAUGAACUGACAGCAGCUGGGGAAGCUGGAACAUACGACUUUGUGUUCAUCGAUGCUGAUAAAUCCAACUAUGACAGAUACUAUGAGAAGUCUCUGGAGCUCAUAAGAAACGGUGGCAUAAUUGCAAUCGACAAUGUGCUGUGGAGUGGAAAAGUUGUGAACCCUGCGCCCAAUGACACCACGUCACAGACUCUAGAUGCUCUUAAUAGGAAGAUACACAAGGACCAGAGAGUUGAACUGAGCAUGCUCACUGUGGGGGAUGGGCUCACCAUCGCUAUUAAACGCUAAUGGGGGAGUUUUUACGACACAAAUGUGUUGCACUUAUAAUGAUACUAUUCAUUAUUUGAUUAAACCGUUUACUCCCUGUU